CCCGCGGGCCGCUCCGCUGCCAGCCACCCCCGCGGCCCCCGGCGGCCCGCGCUCGCCCGGGGAGCGCGUGAGCCGCAGCCAGAGCCGGAGGCGGGAGCAGCGAGCAGGAGCCCCGGGCCCCCCAGUGCAGGAUGCUCGCGGUCCCUGGUGUCUCCGACCCACCACGUGUGAGGGCUUCUGCUCCGAGCCUGGGCCUGGCCCCCAAGGAGGAUGUCUCAGCUGCCGGCCAGCUCCCAUCUGCACCAUGAGUGAUGAGCGGCGGCUGCCCGGCAGCGCAGUGGGCUGGUUGGCGUGUGGAGGCCUCUCCCUGCUCGCCAACGCCUGGGGCAUCCUGAGUGUGGGAGCCAAGCAGAAGAAGUGGAAGCCGCUAGAGUUCCUGCUGUGCACACUGGCGGCCACCCACAUGCUCAACGUAGCAGUGCCCAUCGCCACGUACUCCGUGGUGCAGCUGCGGCGGCAGCGCCCCGACUACGAGUGGAACGAAGGCCUCUGCAAGGUCUUCGUCUCCACUUUCUACACCCUCACCCUGGCCACCUGCUUCUCCGUUACGUCCCUCUCCUACCACCGCAUGUGGAUGGUUCGCUGGCCCGUCAACUACCGGCUGAGCAACGCCAAGAAGCAGGCGGUGCAUACGGUCAUGGGCAUCUGGAUGGUGUCCUUCAUCCUGUCCGCCCUGCCUGCCGUCGGCUGGCACGACACGAGUGAACGCUUCUACACCCACGGCUGCCGCUUCAUCGUGGCUGAGAUCGGCCUUGGCUUCGGCGUCUGCUUCCUGCUGCUGGUGGGCGGCAGUGUGGCCAUGGGUGUGGUCUGCACCGCCAUUGCCCUCUUCCAGACACUGGCUGUGCAGGUGGGGCCGCGGGCCGGCCACCGCGCCUUCACCGUGCCCACCAUUGUGGUGGAGGAUGCGCAGGGCAAGCGCCGCUCCUCCAUCGACGGCUCUGAGCCUGCCAAAACCUCGCUGCAGAUCACGGGCCUGGUGGCCACCAUCGUCAUCAUCUAUGACUGCCUCAUGGGCUUCCCCGUGCUGGUGGUGAGCUUCAGCAGCCUUCGGGCGGACGCCUCGGCACCCUGGAUGGCACUGUGUGUGCUUUGGUGCUCGGUGGCCCAGGCCCUCCUGCUGCCCAUAUUCCUCUGGGCCUGCGACCGCUACCGCGCCGACCUCAAAGCCGUCUGGGAGAAGUGCGUGGCCCUCAUGGCUAACGAUGAGGACUCAGACAAUGAUACCAGCCUGGAGGGUGGCAUCCCCCCGGACCUGGUGCUGGAGCACUCCCUCGACUACAGCUAUGGAGGUGACUUUGUGGCCCUGGACAGAAUGGCAAAGUAUGAGCUCUCGGCCCUGGAGGGGGGCCUGCCCCAGUUCUACCCGCUGCGGCCCUUGCAGGAGGACAAGACGCAGUACCUGCAGGUCCCGCCCACGCGACGCCUCUCCCACGACGACGCGGAAGUGUGGGCCGCCGUCCCGCUGCCCGCCUUCCUGCCGCGCUGGGGCUCGGGCGAGGACCUGCCCUCCCUGGUGCUGCCCGCCGGGCCUGACCGACGCCGCGGCAGCCUGCUGGCCUGCGCAGAGGAGGCGCCCCCGUUCCGCCCGCGCCGCCGCUCCGCCGAGAGCCUGCUGUCGCUGCGCCCCCUGGCCCCCGACGGCGGCCCACGCCGCGCCCGCGACUCGCCCCCCGGCAGCCCGCGCCUCCGCCCCGGGCCCGGCGCCCGCUCCGCCUCGGCCUCGCUGCUGCCCGACGCCUUCGCGCUGACCGCCUUUGAGAGCGAGCCGCAGGCCCUGCGGCGCCCGCCAGCCCCGCCAGCCCCGCCGGGGCCCUUCCUUGACAGCUCGCGGCCCGGCGAAGACGCGGCGCCCCCUGGCGGCGGCGGCGCGCAACGGAGCCCCGGGCCGCGCCUGGCCGUGCACGCGCACGCGGGACCCCUGAGGACCGGCCUGAGCGCGUCGUGGGGCGAGCCCGGGGGCCUGCACGCGGCGGGUGGCGGCGGUGGCGGCGGUGGCGGCGGUGGCGGUGGCGGCGGCGGCGCCGGCAGCACCAGCAGCUUCCUGAGUUCGCCCUCCGACUCCUCGGGCUACGUCACGCUGCACUCGGACUCGCUGGGCUCCGCGUCCUAGGGCCUGCCGGCGCUUCCCCACGCGCGCGCCCGGCGGGCCGGGCCGCCCGCAGGGACCAAAGCACCAAAGAUGCCACGCUGACCCAGGCCGGGUCCCGGGCAGCGCCACGCGGGGCCUGCCAACGGCGCCUGGCCAAGUGCCAGCCCUCCCUGCGUGACUGAGCCGUGGGCGUUGCCUGGAGGGGCGGCGGCUGCCCUGAACCGCGGCUGGGUAGCGCAUCACCGGGCAGAGCGAGGCUGGACUUGGGUAAAGGCGGGCUCUGCACGCCCUGAUGUGCCUGGGCAGCGGGACUGGGGGGAUGGGGGUGGCAGCAAGGAGCCCAGGGACAGGGCCACCACCAGACAGAACAAAGCCCAGCCCUGCAGAAGCAGGAGCCACGGGACUGACUGCACCCUGCUUUCCACUUUGCACUGUUAACUGUCUCACCUCAGUGGGGGGCAGGGUACAGAGGGUCUCUCAGCACAGGGGUCUUCAGAGCCCAAACAAACUCUCUGAGCAGGUGUUCCUGCUGACCAGUUCUGCCUCAGUUUCCCCAUCUGUAAUGAGCAGGUGACCACAUUAACUCUCAGGACUGUUUGGAGAAGUCUCCUGGUCCGUGUGCACCGGCCCCUGCAUGGACAGGGUGUGAGAGCGUCUAGGGCCCUCUGUGGGUCCCUUGUGGGGGUCAGUCUUCAGUGUGUGGCCUGCUGUGGCCUCUGCGCCUGAGGCCUCCCACUCUCAGUGCCCCUGGACCCCCCAGGAACUCACCCCACCCGCGCCCCAGCUAAAGCACAACACUUUGCGCCAUCACCCACCUUGACCAUUGUUAGGGUCCCCGCCCUCAUCACUCUCCCCACCACGGCAGCCUCCUCUAGGAUUCCCACCAUGAAGGUCGUGGGUCCAUGAUGGGAAAGAACUGAAGCAAAGGGAGAAUGGGCUUCCUUAUCUUGAGGCCCCUGGGACAGGGUCCUGGCUUAGAGGUCUCCCAGAUUCUGGGUUUAAGGCCUGGUCCCUGCUGAGGGUCCUCCCUCACCCCGGGGGCAGGGCUCUUUGCUCUCUUUCCUGAGCAGACCCCUUGCUAGCCUAGGCUUUGCCAUGGGCCUUGGGGAGGGGCCUGCUGGGUCUUCCGUGGAGAGAGACCCUAGAAUCAGGCUAAGCAGAGGCCCGGGAACAGCUGUGAUCUUGAGCUGAAAGGACAGGGCCAAAUGCAGAAGUGGUCUCGUCCUGGCCCCUGCCUUGGCACAAUGGCCCUACACGGGAAAACCUGGAGCAGAUCCCAGGGCCUGCACGGAGCCUGCCUGCACUGUGCUCCCUCCUGCUCUGCAGCCGCCCCAACCUUCCCGCCUGUGGCCAAGCCUAUUUCCUCACCCAGCUGACAAGGUGUCAGCCCCAGAAGAGGCCCCUGGGGGGCGGGGAGGGGGGGAAGGAUAGGGGACUGGCUCCAUCUCUGCUUCUGAGAUUCCCCCUAGUCGCUGGCUGGGGGGGUAAUGGGAGGGAGGAGCUGGCCACAGGUGAGCAAGGCAGGAAGCUGCAGUACAGCUGCAGCCGUGGGGCGCGCCACCUCUGGCCAUCGCUGUGCCUUCAAGGACCAACCUGUCAUGUGGGGGUAGAGAUCUUCAGCUAGCCACUGUGUCGUUCCCCCCACCUCACCCCUCCACCCACUCACCCCUGCUCAGGCCGGCCCAUUUGUCACAUUGGGUUUUUACUCUGUGUACUUUGUAUCCAAUGGCAAUAUCUGCAGGGAGACAUGGUACCCCAAAGUCCCUCCAGUUCUGGUUUUUACAAAAAUAAAAAGGAGGGAGGACCCCAAACGGAGGACCCUGGAGCCUGGGGUUCCUCUCACACUUCAUGAGCCUCUAGGCCUCUUUGCUGCAUAAGCAGCUUGACCCUGGGCUCACAGGGGAGGGAGCUCUGUCUUCACACCACCACCCACCCAGAGCCAGGGAUCCGUUUGUAGUUUUUUGACAACUGAGCAUUUCUCUUCUGUACAGGAUACAAUAAAAACUUCCUAUGAUUUGCA